AUGGGCAAAUAUCAAUCCAAGUCCGAACUACCAGGGGAAUCUGGCACGAGAUCAGUCCAGUCCCCGGGCAAUCUCGCCGUGUCUAUACCCAAGCUCGACACCGACUGUCUCCUUCAAGCCCCCGACGAGAGCUCCAUCAAGCGCUCAUGGAUGCAGUUGAGCAAUCUGAUCGACUCGCACGUCCAGACCUUCUACGAUGCGGGCGUCAGUUUGCAAAACGACCGCGAGUCGAUACGAAAGGACUUGAGACGAUACCGUAUCGUUGAAGAGGCUCGGGAGCUUGAUGAGCUUGCCGAGCUGCUGUACGCGCCCGUGUACAGAAAAUUGGGCCUGCGGGUAUGCAUCACGAGAGUGAUGCUCUCGAGCAUCGAUUUCUUCGGCCAUCCCCGCGGGACUUCUCUAGACCGGGACGUUGUCAUACUCCUCAACCGGUUCCGACAGCUGAGGCCCAAUCCAAGCCCAGAGCAUGAGGCCGCCCUUGCACAUUGGAGGAUGAUCACAGCGUUCUUCCUAGCACCAUCCUCGAAGGAUCUCCGAGACGACGAAUACCCUUGCGUGAACCUCCUGGUGCAAUUUCUGUCGUUGUUCAGGCUGAUUCCAGAUGACGACGAGAGGGCUGCUUGGACCGCAAGUCUCGUCACCAUUGCACACAAGUCGAUAGACGUUGGUGAAAAGAUCUUUGCUCACCCGUCCACGUGGAAGUUUGAGUGGCACCCAGAAGCCAGCGCACUUCCUCCGCUGGAAAUAUUCAUGGAGGAAACCAGCAAAAGUAGGAAAGACACGGGUGUCCCGCAUUAUGAUGCGGGUCCGCCGCCCAUCGUUUUGUUUCCCGCACUUAUAGAGUUGCCCAUCGGGGUCGGCGAUACAGAGACUCCGCUCAACGUGGUACAAAUCGCAGACCUUGGCCCGGGCAUGGCCCUUUUCGAGUCUCGAGUCCGGAGCUUGUCCUCGCUUCUGGCACUUGAGAACUCGGAAUCCUGCACGCAAGCAAGAGCUGCGAGUGUCGGCGCAACUAGUGACCUGCGAUACGAGGGAGGUGGUGCGUAUGCGUAUCCCUUGCGCAACGACAGGCCGACGAUUCGCAACGCGUCCCCUGGUCUCAGAGAGCCAGAGGACUUUAUCAAACCUAUCAGGAGGACUUCCACCAUGGACAGUGUAUCGAAGCAUAGAUCCUCCUCGAGCCGAUCAUUCGGCAGUCACUACACAUCAUCACGUAAAAAGCGAGAUUCGAGGCACACAGCACCCUGA